AUGCAACCGACAGCGAGAAUCGCCCUGUCAAUGUGCGUACUUAUUUCCGCAAUAGAAAUCGCAACAUCCAGCAGCACGAAACUCCGUCGCGACGGUGUUUUGAACUUGUACCCAUUCCCUAGGGUCGGCCGCGCGCACCACACUUGGCAGGUGCCACUCAAUGACGAGUAUUUUGAAUCAGAGCUUGCAUCCAAACGUCAACUCUACGCGUUCCCUCGUGUCGGUCGCAGCGAUAGCGAGCACCGCUCGGAACCGUACCAGCAUCUGAAUCGUCUGAACGUUCGCUUGCAAGAGAUGAUGUUUGGUCAACCACGAAGCCACGAGAACAUGAAGCGUGAAAGUGAAAGCACCAGUGGUGGUAUGUGGUUCGGCCCACGUAUAGGCAGAGCUUAUAACUAUGACGAUAUCAGCAGCCAUCGCGAAACAAGUGGUCAGAGCGACCCCGAAGAAACAGAAAACGACCUCACUGCACGAAAGAAGAGACAAGUGAUGCAAGACUAA